GCUUAUUGUUCAUAGGAGAGAAUACAGGUAUUUUUGCAAAUAUCCCUUCUAAGUAGAACUCUCCAUUUUCAGGAGUUUUAUGUGUGUAGUUCCCUUCAUUUUACCCAUGUAGAAACACUGUAUCCAAAUAUUAGGAAAUUAAAUAACACCAAUGAUAACAGACUAGAGGGAUGGUAAUCUUUUUUAGUAUUACUUUAUGAGAUUUAAAAAAUUCCCCAAAGACAGAGGAAAUUUUCUCUUUAGUUCAGUUUCGGAAAAGAAAAACAAAAAACAAAAGACUUCACUCUUGUGACCAGUUUAAAAGAGGCAAGAUAGGACGUCAGAAAAUAGGAAUGAACCCAAGUGCAACCUUUUGAACCAAGCCAAGCAAUAUGUUUAUGUAUUCUGCAUUUUAUAUACAUUGAUUAUAGAAGAUAGUCAGCUUUAUCCUCCUUUCUACUAGCUCAGUUUGCUUUUUUCACCCACCUCCCUCUUUUCAAAUUCUCAUAAUAGAACCAACCCACAUCCAAGUCCUCGGUUUCUCUUAUUGAAAUUCUUCAGCAUCUUUUGAAGAUAUUAAGGGUCUCCAGAGAUAACUGUUUCUUAGCUUACCAGUAACUCCUCUAUAAAUUCAUGCUGAAGUAUAAUUUACUCUAGAAGUUUUAUGUUCUUGUUUCUUUUUUAAUCCACUGACAGCUGAAGGCCUGAUGAUCCUGAAGAAUUUGCAUUUCUUUGACCCAUUUGUCUGGUGCUGGAAAUGGAGUUGUGUUUAUGUUGUGAUUCGAGGUUAUGAUCUUAAAGAAAUCCAAUUCAUUUCCUGUUUAAUAGCUAGUGGUAUGAAAACUCUAGGUAACUGUUACCUUCUGCUUCCUUGGGUAACGUGGGAAGGAAAUUCUCCUCCCCAUUAUGUUCUGACAACACUGCUGCUCUCCUGGGGCUGCGACGUGCAUCUGUGCCUGACAAGACUUCUAGAGUGCUUGCAAUCACUGCCGCAGUUCAUUGCAGUUGGCUUAAAGGAAUGGAUUCUUACAGAUGCUGAGAUACAAAUCUUGGUCUAUGAUCCAGCAGCAUUGGCCACCUUCUGGUUCCUGCAAAAACAUGGCUUUCAAGGAACUAAUGUUUGCUUCAAACUAACACUAUUAUUAUUUCUAUUCUUGGGGUCAUUUUUUGAGAAGAAACUUCUGGAAAACUUUCAGUGGUUGGAUUUGGCAAGAAAUUGUGAGAGCAGUAAUGGAUGGUUUACCUUUAUGGGCACAUUACUGAAUCUCAAGGAACUGAUUUUUUUUUUUUUUUUAAGUACCAAAGAAUUGCUUCCUGAUCCGCAGUUGGCCAGGAAAUGUGAUCAUCUAUAACCAAAGCUAAAUUAUUUGCAAGAAAUCAGACUGAUUAGAUGGCUAUGUUUAAUGAUGAUUUCAAUGUUAUUAAAUCUAGUAAAUGUAUUUAUUACUUUUUAAAACCCUUAAUUUCUGCCUUGCAAUCAA